AUGCCGCCUCAGGCCGACGACGGUCGUUCGCUCGCGAUCGUGGCCAGGCUCUGGGGCGGCAGAUACACCAGCGGGCGUGACCGCCUGUGUCGGUUUCCCUCGGUGGCCGAGGCGGUCGAUAAAUUCUUCGCGGGGCAGCAGGGCCCCUCCGCCCCGCCCACCCUCUGGGUCUUCGAUUGGGCCCGCGUCGUUGGGGCCAAGUUCUUCAAGCUCGACGGCCCCGUCGCAGUCGGUGGCCUCGCAGAGGACGACCUCCGCGACACCGAGCUCGAAGAACUCCUGAUCGUGGUGCCCGCCGUCUGUCUGUCUCCCGUACGACGCCGGCUCGCUCGCCUCUGUAGACUGUUUCUUGGUGGCGCUGCGGUCGGCCCUCGGCGGAGAGAUGCCGACCGAUGUGCACGCGUGAAAGUCUCGCCCGCUUUGUGGGCGAGACUCGCAGAGAGCUGCGCGGAGGUCGAGGUGAUCGAUCUCUUCGGCUCGGCAGGCGGCGCCGCCCAGCCAGACCUGCUCGAGCUGGCCGAGCUCGCCCCGCAGCCCGAGGACUGGAACGUCGGGGUCCUGCUGCGGCCCGUCGCAGUCCCCGCUCCUGUGGCGCAGGGCGGCCCGAGGCGCGCCGGUUUCCGGCUCUCCGUCGACGGUCAGGUCGACGGGGAGCCGUAUCUCGCAGCCGACGAGCACGAUGGUGAGGGCGCAGGGGGCGACGAAGUCGAGGCAGUCCGCGAGGCUGCCGCGCAGGAGUGGGCAGGUCGUCCGCGCGUCGCCUACGUGGCGGGCAGCCCGGACACGGAGGGGGCUAGCCCGGGGUGGCCGGCCCGCCGCUUGCCCGAGGGCGUCAUGAAGUUCGUCAAGAACGGGCCCGCAGAGAAGAAACCUGUCCUGAAGGACAGCCGCAGCCCGAGCCGGAGCCGCAGCGGCGGCCGCGACGCGAGGCCCAAGAAGCCCGACGACUACGGCGUGGACAGCAUCAAGAUCACGGACGACGACGCGGCGUUCAUCCUGGGCAAGGGCGGCAAGACGAAGGAGAAGAUCGCCCGCGUGUCCGAGUGCGAGAUCGAGCUGUUCGAGAGGGACCUCGUCCUCGAGUUCCGCGGCUCCAAGCUCGAGAGGCGCAGGGCCAAGAAGUACGCGGAGGGGGUCAUGGCCCAGCGCACCGGGCCCGUCGGGAUCACGGAGGACUACGAUGACGGCGACCUGACCAUGCUGCUGGUGCCGCAAGAGGCCGUGGGCUUCGUGACGGGCCGCGCCGGGAACUUCCUGCGCACCAUCGAGGAGGAGUGGUGCACGCUGAUGUUCUUCUGCGACGUCGGCGGCAAGGGCGGUCGCGGUAACAAGGACUACGAGAAGCUGGCCAUCUUCGGGGGGGUCCGUGCGAGGCGGGGGGCGGAGUUGAAGGUGCUCAGCGCGGUGGAGACGAAGGUGCCGGGCUACUUCGCGAAGAUGAGAGACGAGGUGGUCGACCGCGACAGGAACAAGGACAAGUCCGGCACCUGGGGCACGGACACGAUGACGUUCCAGGACGACGAGCUGUCCUACGCCCUGGGCAAGCAGGGCGGCACGCGCAAGAAGCUGGAGCGCUCCUCCGGCGCCAUCGUGCAGUACGUCGGGCACACGGCGCUCUUCUCCGGCACGAAGCAGGAGCGCCGGCGGGCCAAGGAGUACAUGAAGUGGCUCUUCGAGCAGCUCGAGGGGCCAGUCUACGUGGAGGGCUGGGAGAAGCGCGACGACGUCACCGUGGUGGACAUCCCUGGGGACUGCAUCGGCUACAUCACGGGUAACCGCCGCGCGACCAUGGGGGCCAUGGAGGAGGAGUGGGGAGUUCUGAUGUUCUUCAUGAACAAGCCCGGGGAUGGCAAGGGCAAGGGCAGGGGCGGCAGCGAGAUGCUCGCCAUCUUCGGGGCGGACCGCGCUCGCCGAGGGGCCGAGCUCAAGGUGAUGAGCGGCGUGGAGACGAAGAACCCGGGGGCCUUCACCAGGGGCGUCAAGGAGAAGAAGUCCAGCGAGCGGGGCUUCGACACGGACCGCCUCAUCUUCCGCGACGACGAGCUCAGCUACGCGCUCGGCAAGGAAGGCGCCACCCGGAAGAAGCUGGAGGGAGCCGCCGGGGCCAUCCUGCAGUACGUGGGGCACGUCGCCUUCAUCGCCGGCGACCUGCCUCAGCGGAGGCGCUGCAGGGAGUUCAUCGACUGGCUGCUGCAGCAGCGGAAGGGCUCCGUCACCAUCGCCGACGUCACGGAGCGCGAGGACACCACGGAGAUGCACAUCCCCGAGAACUGCAAGGGCUGGGUGACUGGCAACCGCGGCUCGGAGCUCCGCCGCAUGGAACAGGAGACGGGCACGUUCAUGUUCAUGGCGCUGGACUCCAGGGGCACGGAGCGGCUGCUCAUCUUCUGCCACGACGCGGGCAGCAAGGUGAGCCCCAGGGGCCGCAUGGCGGCCGAGCGCCUGGUCAACGAGAUGAUCCAGGAGAAGCUGCGCGACGACGGCGGCCGCGGCCGCUCGGACAGCCGCGGGCGCUCGCCCUCGCGCAG